AAACACACAGAACAUAAUCAAAAUAAUAUUUGACGAGAGAGAAGAUGCUUCAAAAAAAAUGUUCUCAGAAUGAUGACGUCAUGAGGCGCGUCAGUUUGAGCAUAUGAGAACUGUAUGAACUUAUUAAUUAAUUUUAAUGAGGUGUAAUAUUUUAAUUGAUUGUGUGUAAGAGUGAAAUGUUUGGUGAGUAUCGAUGCAAGAAUUUCUAAUGAAACUUUUAGCAUUUCCUUUAUUAUUAAAACAAUUAUUAAAAAAACAUUCUUUUUUAGGGAAGCGUAGCGUAGAUCGUCGUCUUCGCGUCAGGUUUAUACCCCCAAAAAGCAAGAUGCAAUUGAGGAAUCUCAACCCUAAUUUCGCUGAUUACAAACAUAAACCCUAAAAUCAUCACAUCACCGUUCACUCCAAUGAAAAGGAAGAGAACUUGUUCUGCUUUCAAUUCUACUGUUACAGCAACAUGCUCACAUUUGCCUGAUGAAUGUUGGGAAUUUAUCUUCGGAUUAAUCAUCAACGACGAUGAAAAUCGUAACAAACUUCGCAUCUUGAAUCCUCUAUCCCUUGUCUCUAAACAGUUUCUCUCCGUCACCGACCGUCUCCGAUUCACACUCACUGUCUACGAACCAUCGUAUCUCCGUCGUAUCUUCAAAAGAUGCACCAACCUCAACUCCAUCCAGCUUGCAAGCUCCUUUGACAGUGACAAGCUUCUCCGCAUAAUCUCUCGUUUCCCAUUGAAACAACUCACAUCGCUCAUUCUCUUCUAUCAACCCAAAAUUCCUACAAUUGGGUUGCGAGUUUUCUCACAAAAGAUUACAACUUUGACCUCUCUAAAUUGUUCCCAUAUUGGUUGUCUUAAUACCUCUGAUUUGUUUCUCAUUGCAGAAUGUUUCCCUUUGCUUCAAGAACUCGACCUUAGUUACCCCUCGGGUUGCAAAAAUUAUACUAGCUAUGUUGAUGGGGUAGAGGCUCUUUCACUUGCACUUAUUAAACUCCGCAAGGUCAAUCUUUCUGAAUUUCCCAUAAACAACCAAUCUCUUUACCACUUGUUCAACAAUUGUAAGCAUCUUGAAGAGGUCAUUAUACUUCGGUGUGAUGAAAUAACCAGCACAGGACUUGCUUCUGCUAUCCGUGAAAGACCAACAUUGAGGUCUUUAUCGUUUGCCACUACGAAAGUCAGUGAAGUGUUCACUACUUCACAAUCUAUUGACUCAUUGGUGAGUUUGAAAGGUUUGACUUGUCUUGUUUUGCGCAAUUUGAAUAUCUCAGAUGAAUUGCUAUAUUCUAUUGCAAGGGAAGGUCUUCUUUUGACCAGGCUUGACCUCCCAUUUUGCAGUAACUAUAGUUAUAAUGGAAUCUUUUGUUUGUUAUCCAAGUGUCGGCGGUUCCAACAUUUGAAUCUUCAAUAUGCUGAUUUUUUGAAUGAUCAAGAUGUUGUCCAAUUGUCUUCGUUUCUUGGUGAUUUGGUGUCCAUAAACCUUAGUCAUUGUGAUAAGCUCACAGAAUCAGCCUUGUUUGCCCUCCUUAGGAAUUGUCCUUCACUUAGUGAGAUCGAAAUGGAAAGCAUGGGGGGUGAGAGUGAUAUUGUAUGGAAUUCUGAUUCUUUGAGGAAGUCUUGUGUAUACCCUCAAUUAAAGGGUCUCUAUUUGGGUUCCAAUUCAUGGUUAAGUGAUGAAAUCCUCAUAAUGGUUACUUCCAUUUUCCCCAAUUUGCAGCUGCUUGAUUUGGAAUUUUGCAAUCACAUAUCUGAAGGUAUUUGUGAAGUUUUAAGGAAAUGUUGUAAGAUUAGGCUUUUGAACUUAGCAUACUGUCCAAGAGUGAAGCUACAUAGAAUGAACUUUGUAGUUCCCAAGCUGGAGGUGUUGAACUUGUCAGAUACAAAGGUUGAUGAUGAAACACUUUAUUUGAUCUCUAAAAAUUGUUCCGGGCUUAUGACACUACAGCUUCGUAAUUGUAGUGGUGUCACAAAGAAGGGUUGGAAAUGUGUGCUAAAAAACUGCAGACAACUUAGAAAGCAUGAGUGCAUCAUACCUUCUUCUCUGGAGACAACUCGAACUAUCUCUGUUUGGAUUGAUGGAGCAUAACGGAACGGAGCGGAGUGGAAUAAGAUGGAAUGUUGUGGAGCGGAGCGGAAUGGAACAUAUAUUUCAUUCCAUUGUUUGGAUAUUCUUAAUAUGAUGGAACAAAUCAAAACUUUUUUAUUCCAUUAACUUCGGCCAAAUUACACAAAUUAAGAAAUGUAAUUAAUGUUGUAUGGAAAAGAGAAAUUAUGAGUUAGUUUACAAAAUUGUCCUUCAUUAAUGGUAUCUAUAUCUAUAUAUUAUCUAUCUAUCUAUAUCUAUAUCUAUCUAUAUAUUAUAUGUUUGAGAGAUUCUCUCUCAUAUCAAUUUCUUAUGUGUCACCCUCUCAAGAAAUCUAAUCUUACAUGGCACUCUCUCAACUCAUUUUGAUGACAUGUCGUCAUUCUGUGCUUUUUCUUUACUCAUUUUGAUGACGUGUCGUCAUUCUGGCAGAAAAAGUCAUUUUCAAGUUUGAGUGAGUGGUUCCAUCACAUACCUCCCAAAUUGGAUGGAACAAAAAUUGGGGGAUAUAAUGGAAUAGGAUGGAAUACAUUCCACUAUGUUGCAUUCCACUCCAUCUUAAUUUUUUAAAUCCAAACAAUGGAAUGCUAUAUUAUUCCAUCUCAUUCCAUCCAAUACCACCAAUCCAAACAUUGAGGAAACUGUGCUAUUGUUAUUGUUUUGUUGUAUAUAUGAAAGUAGCCUUUGAUGUUGAGUUGUAUGAUAUCUGUGUAUAUGUGUUUUGAUCUGGAUUAGUCUUUUUACAGGUGUAAUUCUUAGUUUAACAAUCAAUUCAUAAUUUAGUUAAUUGUGAAGUUAUAUAUGUGAACGUGAAGUGAGUAGAGAUGCUUUUCUUUUUCUUUUUUAGUUGUGUCUUAAACUUUGAAAGAUAUGGUAGAUUGGUAGCUUAGGGGAUACAUCGAUGUCAGGAGUGAUUAAUUGCAUGUGUUUUGUGUGUUAAAAUUACUUCAAGAAUGAAGUACUUGAAAUCUAGUAAGUAUCGAGGAAAAAUGCUAUUCAACCUUAUAUGUACAAUCUUUCAAAUGCUCUGCCUCUUCUAUGAGAAAAUAAUGUAAAGUAGUAUCGUAGUUAAGAUGCAAAAUAGCAUGAAGGUUUGAUAUUUGAUAUAAAUUCAUAUUCAUGAUGAGUAUUAUAUAGAGCCAUAAUGUUUGUAGUAUUUUAUUGGAACACACGCACGCACG